CUUGGCUCGAGCCCACGGUUUUCUAGGCAGGGCGCGCGACAAAAUUGAAUCUGUUUUUACACAAGAGAAGAAGAAGACGAAGAAGAGGAAAAAUAAGAAGAAGAAAAAGAAGGAGGAGGCUCUUGAUGUCAACGUGAUGGUCAGGCCGAGCGUCAGGGAUAUCGUUCGUUUUCCUGUGUGAAACGGGACCAGAACAACACAUUGCUCAAUCUAUUCUGCGUGAAGUUCCUGGCGCGGCAGCCGUCAGGAUAUCUGCAAUAUUUUCCUGAAUCGGGAGCCCCCCAACCCACCCCCAUGGUAGUAGCAUGUCCACACAGCAACAUGAUUCGUGUCGAGUAGAUAAUUUCUAGAGGGGUUUGGCUCCCCCCCACCCCCACGGGUUAACUUGCUGGACUGGACGCCCCUUCUUGUAGUAGGACCCUUUAGCUGCACGAUGUUUUAAGCGCCAAGGACUGCACGGGGAAACGGCUGGCGUGUCGGUGGGUACUCGGCUGGCGGUGAACACACGUUGGGCGAGGCGACGUCCCUGCUCUCGCUUUUAGUGUACGACGAACCAAGGGAGAAAGCUGAACAACACACGGAAUAUCAUGACGAUGUCGGUCCCGGAGAGGAACUCAGGCUCGGAGGGGAAGGAGGAGGAGAGCGAGGAUGAGAGCGAGAUCCUGGAGGAGAGUCCGUGUGGUCGCUGGCAGAAGCGGAAAGAGCAGGUGAGCCAGGGUAAUGUCCCCGGUGUGGAGAGUGCGUCUCUGGCCAUGGACACGGAGGAGGGCGUUGAGGUCGUGUGGAACGAGGUGCUGUUCCCUGACAAGAAGGUCUUCAAGUCCCAGGAGGACAAGAUCAAGGAGAUGUUUGAGAACCUGAUGCAGGUGGAACACCCCAACAUUGUCAAGUUCCACAAGUACUGGCUGGACAUGAGGGAGAGCCAGGCUCGGGUCAUUUUCAUCACUGAGUACAUGUCGUCAGGCAGCCUCAAGCAGUUCUUGAAGAAAACCAAGAAGAACCACAAGACCAUGAACGUCAAGGCGUGGAAGAGAUGGUGCACCCAGAUCCUCUCGGCCCUCAGCUACCUUCACUCCUGCGAACCGCCCAUUAUCCAUGGCAAUCUGACCUGCGACACCAUCUUCAUCCAACACAACGGCCUCAUCAAGAUCGGCUCAGUUUGGCACAGGUUAUUUGUGAAUGUGUUCCCAGACGCCCAGGGGAAGGGGCGACCUCACCGGGACGAGCAGAGGAACCACCACUUCUUCCCCCCGGAGUACGGCACGAGUGAGGAUGACUAUGCCAUCGACAUCUUCUCCUUCGGGAUCUGUGCUCUGGAGAUGGCGGUUCUGGAGAUCCAGGCCAAUGGGGACGCCGUGGUAUCCAAGGAGGCCAUCAGCAGUGCUGGAACCUCCCUGGAAGACCCCCUCAUGAAGGAGUUCACCCAGUCGUGUGUGCGGCAGGAGGCGAAGCUGCGUCCCACGGCCCACGACCUCCUCUUCCACCGGGUGCUCUUUGAGGUCCACUCCCUCAAGCUGCUGGCCGCCCACUGCCUCAUCAGCAACCAAUAUCUUCUUCCAGAGAACUGUGUGGAGGAGAAGACCAAGUCGUUUGACCCCAACGCCGUGAUGGCCGAGAUCUCCCACAGAGACCGACCGGGAGUUCAACUCAAAUAUUCACACGUGUCUCCUCUGGAGCUCGACAAGUUUCUGGAGGAUGUGAAGAAUGGGAUCUACCCGCUGAUGAACUUUGCGUCGUCGCGAGCCUACCCUGUCCCGCGGGCCCUGUCUCUGUCCCAGGAGCAGGUGGAGGCCGUCAAGACCCCCACCCCCGAACCACAGGAGACCGAGACCCGAAAGGUCAUUCAGAUGCACUGUAAUUUGGAAUCAAAUGAAGAAGGGACCAAAACUCAUCUUUCCCUGUUUCUAAAGAUGGACGACAAGCUCCAUCGACAGCUCAGCUGCGACAUCCUUCCAGCGGACAGCUCCAAAGACCUUGCCAACGAACUUGUUCACUACGCCUUCAUAAAUGAGGAGGACUGUGAGAAGCUGACCCUGUUCCUGGAGGAUGCCAUCAGUAAACACCUGCGGACCCAGGCCCCAGGGAACGUCCAGUGAGGAGCCUGGGGCGAGGGGGUCCUGGUGGCAGGCAGCGGGCCCCCAGAGAGUGGGACCUAGCCAGGGCAUGGACCACUGGACACCAGAGGGACCCCACUGCCAGGAUCACAAAGGGAGUGGGCCCCAGAGGGAGGGAGAGGGACAGAGACAGAGAGAGAUAGAGCAACAGGGACACAGGGAAGGGAGAAGGAAAGCAAGAGCCCAGCCUUAGAUAGGCUCCAUAGGCACCUCAAAUCUAAGAACAUCAUUACGCCUCAUGCCCUCUGCACCGUCAGUCAAAGGACUCAGAAGGUGUGGCUGACGGAUGGGGGGGGUUUCCGGGGUCGUCAGAGCCCGAGUAGUGUCACAGUGCUUAAAUUUGCAUACGUGAUCUGAUUGGAUGACGGAUCCGUCGCUGCCGAAAAAGUUGACAAUUGUUCAACUUUUGACGGAGCCUUCAGUGCACGGAUCCACAAUGCAUUGCGCGUCCGUCCCCAUUCAAAGUCAAUGGGGAUCAGUCAACGGACGGAGGCAGUGGGCACACGAGGCGUUAGAGUACAUUAUUAAAGCUAUGACCAUCUACUCAACACGGUAGAUGAUCCACUUGGAGGCCCCUGUCUACGAGGGCUCUGUCGCCUCUAGAUAUCCAGCCCUCUUGGUUUUCCAUCAAGAUCCUUCCAUUAUAUCCCUUGAAAUUGGAUGUUUUACACCCUCCUGUAUUUCAGCAGGAAUCUACACUAGCGAUAAACAUGUGCAAACCCUAGCGAAAAUCUGAAAAAAAUAUUUCAAUAUGAAUUCGCACAAAUUCUUUGUAAGAGUUUUGAUAAUAUGUUAAGGUUGCUUUGGUCGAUCUUUGCCCUCUCAUUCCAUGACUUUGUUCUGAAGUGUCAGCUGAAAUGUGAACCUCAAGGUCCAGCCCGUCCUGGCGUCUCUUCAAUGGGCCGACGGCGAACCUUUCCUAGCACACAUUGUGCACACGACUCCAUGCAUGAAUUCCCAUCAGAGGAUGUUUGUGGUGCUGGCCUGCAGGGCUAGUCUGCAGUGCUAGCCAGCUGUGCUAGUCUGUUAGCGUUGUAAUGCUAGCCAGCAUUUUAGCCUCUAGUGCUAGUCUGCAGUCUAGUGCUAGUCUGCAGUCUAGUGCUCGCCUAUCAUGCUAGCCUGUAGUGCUAGCCAGCAUUCCUAGCCUUUAGUGAUAGUCUGCAGUCCAGUGCUCGCAUGUAACGCCAUCCUGUAGUGCAAGCCUGUAAUGCUAGCUUAUAGUGCUAGCCUGCAGUGCUAGCCUUUAGAGCCUGCAGUGCUCUUAAGGGCUCUCACCCGGAAGGUUUUCCUGAAAGCCAAAGACUUGUGAAGUGCCUAAGAUGGCCGCCACCCUGCGACUGAACUUUUGCAAUUGAGCUGCUUCGCACAAAACCUGGAGACUUGGAAUCUGUGGAAGCAAAUGCUAGUGGUGGGUUUUCAGACUGCUGUGUUCUAUAAAUGUACAAGGGCGGUCUUUGUGAGUGCGAGGGUGGGCGUUAGCGCGAUACCUGGUUAAGAAAGUGCCAUUGCCGUCUGUUGCUACUGUACAUUGGAAUAAAUAACUGGCUAUGGGUUGUUGUUUUUACUCCUAACUAUAUCAGUCAACACUAACAUGCAGAUCAUAAUGUGUGUGAAGAAAGUGUACUUCUGUAUGUCUGGGAGAAGGGGAGUUGGACAGAAUGUGAACAUGCGUUUCAAAGUCAAGCAACCAAGGAUUUUUGUUUGAUAAUAUAAAUAUUACUACAUGAUUGUUUCUCUUAAAUAUUCUCAUUUCUAAAUGAUGAAUUCUUAUUUAGAUUUGUUUUGGCCCAAAGUGAACAUGUAUUCAUAUUUUGUUUCUGUUUGUCUGUAUAAACAGGAGCCGUUUCUGUAGCAUGUAGACAUGUCGAAGCUUCUGUGUAAACGGGGUUCAGAGGUCAAAUGUGUGGUUAGUCAAUUCAACACUCAUUCUAAUUAUCCAAUUAUUGUGAAAAGGUGUGGGUUUAAAAGCAAUACUGAUGUAACCCAAACUGGUGAAAGUGAGAGAUAUUUUUCCUGCGUCAGCUAGAAGCUUCCGGUGAAUGUAUAGAUACAGCUGGACAUACUAUAACUGAUUACUAUUAUAGUAUGUGUUUUCCUUGGCAGAAAAAACUGUGGGGUGGGAGUACACGUACAUAAGUCCAACUCAUCUCUAGCCCUCCAGUUCUAGACAAUCUCCCGUUGUAGAAUGGUCAUCCUAGGAGGUAUGUGGCUCCCCACAACCCUCAUGUACAGUACAUGGUCUUCAACUCCAGACCUGAUCGCUCUGGUUCUGCCGAUUACAGAGGAGCCAGGAUGUCACCGGCGCGUGUUGUACAUAUUUAUUUAUGGAUUUCAAAGAGGUUUUACUCUCAAGCUGCUCUGCUUUUUGCUCUUGUGUUUCUCUGAUCAGCAGCAUGUUAAUAAAGCCUGACAACUUUGGGAACUUUGCAUCUUCAGUAUUGCCUUUGUUAUGAGUGGCCAGAGUCCUGGCCCAACAUAUGAAUGUUUAGACUGUGCAAAAACAAAACAACAACCAUCCAUAUCCGUCUUAUUUUCUGUUUUAAUAACUUCCUGUUCCUGUGAAUCUAUUGAAUGAAACUUGGCUUUGGAUGUGAUAUUUUCAAUAUUGUAGCUAUGGCAACUACAGAAAUUCUAAUAAAACUAUGUGACGUGAUCAUGUAACCAUAAUGAUUUAUAUUGGUUAUUACUGUGUAAGCAUGUACAAAUAUGUAUUGGUCCAGGACAAUAAAGCUUAAUCCGAACUAUUAUAUCAAAAAGAUGAAAUAUGCCACACAACAUCAACGGAGGAGACAUUUGGAAC